AUGACGGACAUGUCCGCUGCUUCCUACACCGCCAGUCCAGCCGCGGUUUUGCGACAACCAUUGGCGAUGAUGGGUUACAGAAGAUUGGCCACGUGGAAGGCCGACCCUUCUUGCGAAAGCAAUUGUGCAUGCGUGCAUAUGGCCAAGGGUGUGCGGCAAGACAGUUAUCAACCCGAGCUGCCGGUCGAGAGUGAGGUCAGUUCUCAACAUGCAGCAUCAAAGUCAAGCCUGCUGGAAUCGAGGCGCGAUACCAUGCCCACGGUAGUGAUCAGGCUCACCUAUGAGAGGGGUUACGCUUCACUGCCCACCUAA